CGGCUCCCAUAAGCGCCUCAUCUCCUUUUCAAGUUAGCCUCCUGCCACCCUACUUUGGCAACCAGACUGGAACAGUCGAUUCUCAAGAGAACUGGCAACCAAGGCUUUUCUCGAACACGUUCUAUUUCUCUCUACCAUAAUCAUAAUCAAACUGUCUCCUCGGCUUUCUCUUUGUUGGGUUCUCGCAUCCAGCUAGCGUUCGUCAAUCGGACCACCGAGCAUUGUCUCUUGGCAAUCUUUCUUUCUAUCCUGGAUGGCGACAACCUUGAACUCACUGCCAACUUUCGGAAUCGCGCCACGUACCUUGUAUAAUGCCUUGACGAAUGCGACCGGCUUUUGGACUCGACGCACAUGAUGAAUGGUGCCAGCGCAAGGAAUGGUUAUGACUACAAUGUCGGGAGGGGCCCUUCCCUUCGGGGUCCCGGGCCUAGGGGAAAGGCACCGGGGUUGGGUUACGGGAAGGACAUCAUGUCUGGAUCCGAGAAGCAAAAGCCGCUCUACAAUUCUAUGGACUCCAAUCGACCGCCACAGAGCUCGACCCUCGUCGACUUGAAGGACCCGAUACAGGUCCACCUACUCACUGAGACCGCCCUUUCCGACAGCAAGGAGUACGAAAUCUUGUCGCAGGAGGAGGUGGACGGCCUAAAAAAGCAGAUCCAGUUCCUGACCCAGCGCGGGGAACAGACCAGGGCAAACCUCGCUAUCCAGUCGAAAUACCGCGAUGCAGCAAUCUCCAUGGCCAAGCUGUACUCGCCAACGGGAGGCAGGGGGGACCGCAGCCGUGGCGGGGAUGACGCUCGCCAGGCUGAGUUGGAGAAACAGGCGAGCGAGCGUCGGUGUGAAGAGCUCGUCGCCGAGCUGUUCUCCCUAGAUAAGCGCUUGAUGGAUGCUCAGACACGGCUGCUACAACACACGGCUGGCAUUUUGCAAAUAACCCAUCGAGCCUCCUCUAGGAAAUCGAACCAACCGCUAAAUACGCAACCUCUACCCAACGGUAUCCCUGGAAGCCCGGAGAGCCUCUAUACAUCUUCUAACGGUCGCGACAGUCUGGAGGGCGCGGGUGAUGACAUAUAUUUUGACGAUAGAAGCCUAUACUUCCCCCUCGAUCAGGUGGACGGACACUCUGUCCGGCCCCGAAAAAACGUGAUCGAGAUCCCCAUGAAAUCUCCUGUUCGAGAACAGAAGAACCAGCUUCGCGAAGAGGCUGAUCGCCUUCGUGAGGAGAACGGCCGCUUAGGCGCUGAGGCCGAAUCACUUCGCAAGGAGGGUGCCGAGCGGCUCGAGUUCAUCGUGGACACGGAGAAGAAACUGGAGGACCUCGCCAGCAAGCUCUACGACAUGGCGUCGAGAUUCAAUCCCGUGAGCAGCCAAGGUUCUCUAGAGCCACCGGCCAGCCGCGGUCCGGAACCAGGUGCCAUGGUGGAUAGGCAACUGGAUUAUCUGGAGAAGGGUCUUGCCGUUGCAUUGGAGGAGCGAGAACGGGAGAUUUCCCAGAGUCGAAAGGAGGCCGAAGUGGCAGCAGCCGCCACCGCUGCAACGCUAAACCAAGUCGAGGGCAAGGUUGAGGCACUGAAUCGCCAAGUACAUGAAGUGCUGCGGAAUAUGGAGCCUGAUUAUCCAUCGCCGCCUGAAAUAUCAGGACAGGCGUUGGAUGAGCAGCUUGACUACCUCCAGGACUCGUUUAGGACAGUCCAGACCGAACUCGCUCGUGCCGCCGAGCUUUCAUCCUCGACAUCCGCCAACAAACAGAAGAAUGACCAGAUCGAGGCAGUCCUGACGGGGUUGUGGGAUAUUAUCCAGGCAGGCUACGCAGAGAUGUACCAGCAAAGGGUCGAACGCCGGAAAGCGAGAGCUGAAAAGGGUCUCGAAGAGGACGAGGAUGACAUGUCUAGCGACGAGUCCCUGAUGAGUACCGACGAGCCAUACUCACUCCAGGCUUUCUCGACAAAGGUGCAGUGGCUCUAUGCUCAAGCAACGAGUCUGAAGGAGCAGAAGGUCGUUCUCAAAAGACAGAUCAAGCAGCAGCGCGAACUCAACAACAAGUCCAGCUCUGACAAGGACGUCGAGCUGAGCGAAAAGACGGACGAGCUGCAGAGUGCCCGGGAUCUCCUCGCCAGUUCCGAGAAGGUGACGAGGGAUACACAAGACAAGCUGACAAAGGCACUCAAUGAUCUGGAUACAUUGCAACAAACCAGCGCUGCCAACGAAUCCGCCGCUGCUCAAGUCGCGCGGGAUCAACUCGGGGAGCGUGAUGCAAAGAUCUCGUCUCUCGAGUCGAGUAGCAAAGACCUCCAAGCCAAGCUUUCCGAGGUAGAAACCAGCGUAGCUGCAACCCAGACUCUGUUAGCUGCCACGCAGGCCCAGUUGGUCCAGAUCAGCGACGCCAAAACGGCUGCAGAGGCACAAGCCGAGAAACUACAGAAGGAGGUCGCGGAGAAGGACGAGGAGCUUGACCGUAUGAAUAUCAUGGUCGUUGAGCUCAAGACCGAGGUCACAAUCGCCAAAGCCGAGCUCGACGGGGCCUAUGGGUCUCGCGCACAACGUGCGAAGGAAGCAGCGGCACUGACCAAGAGCUCCGAGAAUUCCGAGCUGGCGUCACAGAACGACAAGCUGAAGGGCGAGCUUACGAACAUCCUCAAGGAGCUGGAGGACAUGACGAAGGAGACGAUCAUUGCCGAGAAGGAGAAGCUCGAGCUUGAGAACAAACUCGACGACGUCCUGGCGGUCAAGGCCGCCCUCGAGUCAGAGGUCAAGGUCCUCGGAGAGAAACUCGACAGGGAGGUUUCCCAACUGAAGGAGCAACUCGACGCGGAGAGGCUAAGGGUUCCGCCCAGUCCGAGCGGCCUGAACUCACAGCCGAGGGCCGGGGCUUCCAUGCUCAGUGAACAGUUCCGCGCAACAAUGAAGGACGAGCGGAGGAAGUUCCAGGAAGAGAUACGGGAGGAACAAGCACGACGACGGAAACUCGAAGACGAGCUGCGCGCACUUAAGAAGGCACAAGGCCCUGGGAGGAGCCCUCUUAGCCCGCUCAGCCCAAGGUGAAGAGCUUGGGGCGUAUGACCUCUGUUUUUACAUUGCAUAAAGCAUUGCAUAGGUACUGUACCAAACUUUUGGUCGGCGUUCUGAGAACAUAUAUAUAAUAUGGGGCUAGAAGGAAAGGGGGUUGGUUCUUGGUUGGUGUCAUGUGUAUAUCUAUCUACCCUGUCUCGUUCGUGUAUAUUGGCCACCGAGCGAUAUCAGCAUGUUGCAUGUAUUGGGGUGAAACGUGGAAUAUAAUCAAUCCCUACGCCAGGGGAACCUAUUACAUCACAA